AUCCUUGCCCUAAGAGGAAAACCCCCCGAAGGAAACAAUAACAAACGAGAGGAGGGAGGAAUUUUAGUGUUUCUGCUUUGUGGGAUUCUCACUGCAGAAGAUGCUUUCCGGUCCCUGUCAGGGGACGUGAAAGGGUUUGGUGGACUUCAGCCAGUCUUUCUCCACCUGUUCCUCCUCGGGGAACCUUAGAUCUCACCAUGGCGGGUGUGGGCACGGGGGGCUACGCGGCGGAGUUCGUGCCACCACCCGAGUGCCCAGUGUUUGAGCCCAGCUGGGAGGAGUUCACGGACCCGCUCAGCUUCAUCGGCCGCAUCCGGCCCCUGGCUGAAAAAACUGGCAUCUGCAAGAUCCGACCGCCCAAGGAUUGGCAGCCUCCAUUUGCAUGUGAAGUAAAAAGCUUUCGUUUCACUCCCCGGGUGCAACGCUUGAAUGAACUUGAGGCAAUGACUAGAGUACGAUUGGACUUCUUGGAUCAACUAGCCAAAUUUUGGGAACUUCAAGGAUCUACUUUGAAAAUUCCGAUAGUGGAGAGAAAAAUCCUGGAUCUAUAUGCUUUGAGCAAGAUUGUUGCCAGCAAAGGAGGCUUUGAAAUGGUCACCAAAGAGAAGAAGUGGUCUAAAGUGGGUAGCCGCUUAGGAUAUCUACCAGGAAAAGGAACUGGAUCUCUUUUGAAGUCACACUAUGAAAGAAUUCUCUACCCAUAUGAACUCUUCCAGUCUGGUGUCAGCCUUAUGGGUGUACAAAUACCCAAUUUAGAUCUUAAAGAAAAAGUGGAGCCUGAGGUUCUUGGCACUGAUACCCAAGCUUCCCCAGAGCCUGGCACCCGAAUGAACAUUCUACCGAAGAGAACAAGACGUGUCAAAUCUCAGUCAGAAUCUGGAGAAGUGAACAAAAACACAGAACUGAAGAAACUUCAGAUUUUUGGGGCUGGACCCAAGGUUGUGGGCUUAACAAUGGGAGCAAAAGAUAAAGAAGAUGAAGUCUCCCGAAGAAGAAGAGUUACCAACAGAUCGGAUGCAUUUAACAUGCAAAUGAGGCAAAGAAAAGGAACUCUGUCUGUUAACUUUGUUGAUCUCUAUGUUUGUAUGUUCUGUGGCCGAGGAAACAAUGAGGAUAAAUUGCUUUUGUGUGAUGGAUGUGAUGACAGCUAUCAUACAUUUUGUCUUAUUCCCCCACUGCCUGAUGUGCCCAAAGGAGACUGGAGGUGUCCAAAAUGUGUCGCGGAGGAAUGUAACAAACCUCGUGAAGCCUUUGGAUUUGAACAAGCUGUACGAGAAUAUACCCUUCAGAGCUUUGGAGAAAUGGCAGAUAAUUUUAAGUCUGAUUAUUUCAAUAUGCCAGUACAUAUGGUUCCUACAGAACUAGUAGAAAAAGAAUUCUGGCGACUGGUGAGCAGCAUUGAAGAAGAUGUUAUUGUAGAGUAUGGAGCUGAUAUCUCCUCAAAAGAUUUUGGAAGUGGAUUUCCUGUAAAAGAUGGUCAGAGAAAGAUGCUGCCAGAAGAAGAGGAAUAUGCACUUUCUGGUUGGAACUUGAAUAACAUGCCUGUCCUGGAGCAGUCUGUUCUUGCACAUAUUAACGUGGACAUCUCCGGUAUGAAGGUGCCAUGGCUCUAUGUGGGAAUGUGUUUCUCUUCCUUUUGCUGGCACAUUGAAGAUCACUGGAGUUACUCUAUCAACUACUUGCACUGGGGGGAGCCAAAGACAUGGUAUGGUGUACCAUCUCAUGCUGCCGAACAGCUGGAGGAGGUGAUGAGGGAGCUGGCUCCUGAGUUAUUUGAAUCCCAGCCUGAUCUCCUACAUCAGUUGGUUACCAUCAUGAACCCCAAUGUGCUUAUGGAACAUGGUGUGCCUGUGUACAGGACCAAUCAAUGUGCUGGCGAGUUUGUUGUGACAUUUCCUCGUGCCUACCACUCUGGAUUUAACCAGGGCUACAACUUCGCUGAAGCUGUGAACUUCUGUACUGCUGACUGGUUGCCCCUUGGACGUCAGUGUGUAAAUCAUUAUCGUAGGCUUAGACGCCAUUGUGUCUUUUCACAUGAGGAACUAAUUUUCAAGAUGGCAGCAGAUCCGGAGUGUUUAGAUGUGGGACUGGCUGCCAUGGUCUGCAAAGAAUUGAUUGUCAUGACUGAAGAAGAGACAAGAUUAAGAGAGGCUGUUGUACAAAUGGGUGUCCUGAUGUCAGAAGAAGAAGUAUUUGAACUUGUUCCUGACGAUGAGCGCCAGUGCUCUGCCUGCCGAACCACAUGCUUUCUCUCUGCUCUCACUUGUUCCUGUAACCCUGAACGGCUUGUGUGUCUGUACCAUCCCACGGAUCUGUGCCCCUGCCCCAUGCAGAAGAAAUGUCUUCGAUACCGAUAUCCUCUAGAAGACCUUCCUUCUCUGCUAUAUGGUGUGAAAGUCAGGGCACAGUCCUAUGAUACAUGGGUCAGUCGUGUUACAGAAGCAUUAGCUGCCAGUUUCAACCACAAGAAAGAUUUGAUUGAAUUGCGAGUAAUGCUGGAAGAUGCUGAGGACAGGAAAUACCCGGAGAAUGAUCUCUUCAGAAAACUCAGGGAUGCAGUAAAAGAAGCUGAAACCUGUGCAUCAGUGGCUCAACUACUUCUGAGCAAAAAGCAGAAACAUAGGCAAAGUCCAGAGAGUGGGAGAACCCGGACCAAAUUGACAGUGGAGGAAUUGAAAGCCUUUGUCCAACAACUUUUUAGUCUUCCAUGUGUCAUCAGCCAAGCUCGACAAGUAAAGAAUCUGUUGGAUGAUGUGGAAGAAUUUCAUGAACGUGCUCAGGAGGCAAUGAUGGAUGAAACCCCAGAUUCGGCCAAACUUCAGAUGUUGAUAGACAUGGGUUCUAGUCUUUAUGUUGAACUGCCUGAAUUACCCCGUCUGAAGCAGGAAUUACAGCAGGCUCGAUGGUUGGAUGAAGUAAGACUUACCCUGUCAGAUCCACAGCAGGUCACUUUGGAUGUCAUGAAAAAACUGAUUGACUCUGGAGUGGGGUUGGCACCACACCAUGCUGUGGAGAAAGCAAUGGCUGAACUACAGGAGCUCCUUACAGUGUCUGAGCGAUGGGAGGAAAAGGCUAAGGUCUGCUUACAGGCAAGACCACGGCACAAUGUGGCAAGCUUAGAAAGCAUUGUAAAUGAAGCUAAGAACAUCCCAGCCUUUCUUCCUAAUGUGUUAUCCCUGAAAGAAGCCUUGCAGAAGGCUCGAGAAUGGACAGCUAAAGUGGAAGCUCUUCAGAGUGGCAGCAAUUAUGCUUACUUGGAGCAGUUGGAGAGCCUGUCUGCUAAAGGGCGCCCUAUCCCUGUACGUCUUGACGCCCUUCCCCAAGUGGAGUCACAGGUGGCAGCAGCACGAGCGUGGAGGGAACGGACUGGAAGGACCUUUCUGAAGAAAAAUUCUAACCACACAUUGUUACAAGUUCUAAGUCCCCGGACUGACAUUGGUGUAUAUGGAAGUGGUAAAAACCGAAGGAAAAAGGUGAAAGAACUAAUAGAAAAAGAAAAAGAUCUGGACCUUGAGCCUCUGAGUGACCUGGAGGAAGGAGUAGAAGAAACCAGAGACACAGCUAUGGUGGUGGCAGUUUUCAAAGAACGAGAACAAAAAGAGAUUGAAGCCAUGCAUUCCCUCAGAGCUGCCAAUUUAGCCAAGAUGACAAUGGUGGACCGCAUAGAAGAAGUAAAAUUCUGCAUUUGCCGCAAGACAGCCAGUGGGUUUAUGCUACAGUGUGAACUGUGUAAAGACUGGUUUCAUAACAGCUGUGUGCCCCUUCCUAAAUCAAGUUCCCAGAAGAAAGGUUCCAGUUGGCAAGCUAAAGAAGUUAAAUUCCUUUGCCCUCUUUGUAUGCGGUCUCGAAGGCCCAGACUAGAGACUAUUCUGUCACUUCUGGUAUCCCUUCAGAAGUUGCCUGUUCGGUUGCCUGAAGGAGAAGCCUUACAGUGUUUGACAGAACGUGCUAUGAGUUGGCAAGAUAGAGCUCGGCAGGCCCUGGCAACAGAUGAACUGUCUUCUGCCUUGGCCAAAUUGUCUGUAUUGAGUCAGCGUAUGGUCGAACAGGCAGCGCGAGAGAAAACGGAAAAGAUCAUCAGUGCAGAACUCCAAAAAGCAGCUGCUAAUCCUGACUUACAGGGACACUUACCUAGUUUCCAGCAGUCUGCCUUUAACCGGGUGGUAAGCAGCAGUGUAUCAUCCUCCCCUCGACAAACAGUGGAUUAUGAUGAUGAAGAAACAGAUUCUGAUGAAGACAUUCGGGAGACAUAUGGCUAUGACAUGAAGGACACAGCCAGUGUGAAAUCAUCUAGUAGUCUGGAACCCAACCUUUUUUGUGAUGAAGAAAUCCCCAUCAAAUCUGAGGAGGUGGUAACUCAUAUGUGGACAGCACCUUCAUUCUGUGCUGAACAUGCUUAUUCUUCUGCUUCUAAGAGUUGUUCCCAAGGUUCUAGCACCCCAAGGAAACAACCUAGAAAGAGCCCUUUGGUGCCACGGAGUUUGGAACCUCCAGUGUUAGAGUUGUCACCUGGAGCUAAAGCCCAACUUGAAGAACUUAUGAUGGUUGGAGAUCUCCUAGAAGUAUCUCUGGAUGAGACGCAACACAUAUGGCGGAUUUUGCAAGCCACACACCCACCUUCAGAAGAUAGAUUCCUGCAUAUAAUGGAGGAUGACAGCAUGGAAGAGAAACCAUUAAAAAUAAAAGGGAAAGACUCUUCAGAGAAGAAACGGAAACGGAAGCUAGAAAAGGUAGAACAGCUUUUUGGAGAAGGAAAACAGAAGUCUAAAGAGUUAAAGAAAAUGGAUAAGCCAAAAAAGAAAAAAUUAAAAUUAAGUGCUGAUAAAUCAAAGGAGCUAAACAAACUGGCCAAGAAAUUAGCAAAAGAAGAAGAAAGAAAGAAAAAGAAAGAGAAAGCUGCUGCAGCCAAAGUUGAAUUAGUGAAAGAAAAUACUGAGAAAAAGAGAGAGAGAAAAGUACUGGACAUCCCCUCGAAGUAUGACUGGUCAGGAGCAGAGGAAUCUGAUGAUGAGAAUGCAGUGUGUGCAGCACAAAACUGCCAAAGGCCCUGCAAGGACAAGGUAGACUGGGUACAAUGUGAUGGUGGCUGUGAUGAGUGGUUUCAUCAAGUUUGUGUGGGUGUCUCUCCAGAAAUGGCAGAAAAUGAAGAUUACAUCUGUAUAAACUGUGAAAAGAAGCAAGGGCCAGAUAGCCCGGGUCAAGCACCACCUCCUUCCUUCAUAAUGAGCUACAAAUUACCAAUGGAGGACCUUAAGGAGACCAGUUAGCACAUGCUUGGUUAGUUUGGGGCAUGGGGAAAAAUGGUCCACAUUGAGACUUUAUUCAUCAAAUGAAGUGGUUUAGAGCCACUCAGAAGAAUGUUGCUUCCAAAGAUCAAUGGCCUUCAGAGAAAGUCCUUUUAGUAUAGGCUUCCUGUUUGCAUAUGCAGUGUGAGCCACAGAUCUGUGCAGAGGGUCCCUUCAUUGAUUCAGCAGCCAGCAUCUCAGUUCAUUUGCUCCCUCUGAAUGUGGUGUGCUGCAUGAAAGCCAAGCACUUGAUUGAGCUCUAGGGUGGUUGGUUAGCAUUAGUACAUUGGUGUGCUAGCAUGGUGGGUAGAAUGUGACUUAUGGCCAGUUAAUAUUAGCUAGAGGCUUACAACCUAAGGACAGCACCAUUUGAAGGCAAGCAUAUUGCCUGAAUUUCCUUAUAUGGCCUACUUGGAGAGAAAUGAGAGUAACACUUCCACUAUUGAUGGGCGUUUAAUGUACUAUGGAUACAGCUAGGAAGAACAGGACUGAAAUUAAUCUACUUAGAAGUCAUGGAAUAAUAGCACAGUUUAUAGACCUCUGUUGUGUGAACUAAGAAGAAAGCCCCAAGUAAGUCUCUCGCCAUAUGGGGAAAAACAUCUUUUCUUCCUAAAGAGGAGGAUCCCAACUAGGUCAGAAAUUUGACUAAAUUGGAUUAUGGGAAGAAGUGGUUUUCUAAUUUCAACAAAAGGAGCAUUUUUAGACAUUAAGAAGUCAGAUCUCUUGGAUCUGCAUAUUGGACAAGAGCAGGUACAUGGAUCCAUGCUUCUGUGAGAGAGAAGAUAAAUCAGAAUGUCUUACUGAGCUGCAGUGGUGCAUGCUUUCUGGGGAAACCUUCAUUCACAAAUAUUCUAGACACCAACAGGCUUCAGGCAUGGCCAUGAGCAAGACCAGCAAUUUAAUAGCUUUUUGCCUUGCAGCCUUCACCCCAGUGUCUGCUGUGUCCAACACUGGCCAUUUCUGAUUGUGGUCCAUGAGUGACAACAGAUGCUGUUAAUCCCCAUGGCUUUAUCAGUCAGAAGAUGUGGGGUUGUAGUACCUCUGAGUGAAGAGGUUUUAGUAAAUCCAUUUAAAAAAAAAAAAAGACUUGUUUUUACUUUUUCUAAAUGUCUCUGACUACUGACUGUUCUAUAAAUAGAUUAUUUUUCUUUUUUAAUAUACAUUUAUGAAUAUAUAUAUAUAUUUACUGUUACCAGCAGCUUAAGACAGAGUUUCAGCAUCUAUUUGGAGACCUGCUUUUUUUUUUCUUCUUUUUUAAUAAGAAAACCCAUUCCUUACUUGUAGUGCAGGGAGCUAGCAUUCCCUUCUUUCUAGCUCAACCAGAUCUUCCUUCUUGCUUUUAUUUAAAUAGAUAAUUUUAUUUCUUUUAUGUGUUGAGAUACGUCUUUGUCUUUUGGGAAACUUGCUGUUACUCCAGUCUCUGGUGGCAAUUUUUGUUUUGUUUUUAAGUGAAUGUUUGAAGCUCUGGUGCUGUGUCCUCAUCUCUCCUAUGCUGUUCUUUGUUUUUGUUUGGGUGUUUGUUAGGUAAGCUGUAUGUAAACUCUUUUUAAAUGUGGGCUGAUUUUUUUUUUUUAAAGGAGUAGAGGGAAUCCUGCUGGAGGAAAUAUUGUAGUGUUUCGUCUUCACUUUUCUGUGUCCCUAUAUUUUGGAUUAAAAAAAAAAGUGUGGUUUUACUUAAAUUCAUCAGUCUACCUUUUAAAAAGGGAUAGUGCGAUGAACCUAGAGAACAACUUUAGGUCUCCUCUUUCCUUUUUGCCCCAAUCAUUUAAAAAGAAAUGUCUUCUAGUAACUAGAAGCAAAAUGUACUGUCCAGUUACAGGUUGAGUGGGUAUGAGAUUUAACUCAAAAGGCAUUUUACUAAAAAACAAAACAGUCCCCCUCCCCUUUUCCUAUAAAGUCCAGUUUCUGUAAAUGCUUGCUUUCUCUGUGGUUAAUAACUAUCCCUUUUUCAGUCAUCCUUCUCUUAAUACUAUGUAACACUUGAAGUGUUUUGACUUGUUAAGAGUUUAAAUGUUACUGUGCAUGUGUCUUUGAGAUCUCAAGUAAGUGAGUGUAUGACUCCAGAUUUCAGUGGAAAUUGCAAGGUAACUAACCAACAUCAUGUUUUCUUUAGCCAAAUAAUAUAAAGAUUCUAUCAUUUAAGAAUUUAAUGUGGUUGAUAACAUGGAAGAGAGGACAAUACGAUUUUGCCUUUUGAUCUCUGUAAAUCCCUUCAAGUACUUGUGGGUUAAAAGUUGAAUGCAAUUUUAAGUGAUGGCUUCCUAGAAUACCUUUUAAUAUUUUCUUUUCCUAAUCAUCCACUAACUAUGCCUUCAUGAGAGCACUGAAGAUGAUGUG